UCUUUUCUUUCUUUGACUGUUUUUUUCAUUGCUUUUAUUGGAAGGUGGUAUGCAAGGAAGCUCCAUCCAGUGCACUGAUUUAUUUGUUUCUCUUUGAAAGGAGACGAAAAGAAGAAGAAGAAGCUGGAGAUUGAGAGGCGCCUUAGAUUGGAGAGAAAUUGCUAUUUAAAAAAAAAAAAAAGGGUGUGAAGGAUUGAAGAACCAAAAGAGCAGCCCUGGUGUGAAAUGAAACAGAUACCAUAAAGAAAAUAAAACACACAGACGAUCGAUGGACUGUGCUGCCAGCAGCGAGGAUCGUGCACCAUGUGUUAUUAUUACCUUUCCUGAUGAGAUCUAUCUGACUUAAUUGUGGGAAAAUCCUCUACAUAUCUGUCAUUUGCUUUGCUUCUUCUUUUAAUUAUUUAUUUUUUGUAUGGAUGGGGGACGAGCACUGAAAAUAAACUUGACUGAACAGAUAAAGCAAGCAGCCCCAGUACAUCAACGACUGACAGAGAAGAAACGUGUAGCUUUUGCUUAUUAAUGACAUCUUUAAAAGACGUGCCUAUUUUUUUUUCUGACUGUUUGCUGAUUUGACUUGUUUUGGAAUAAAAACAAUUGAAGUUGUCAUUAGAAAUAUAUAAAACCGUUUUUUUUUCUCUUAUCAAGCAGCUUUCUGAAAAUUCUGAAAGAACUUUAAAACAAGAACACUCUCCAUUCUUUUUGAAAUCUAGACAUGAUGUGCAAACCACUGCAUGCCUUUCACUGCUUUUACCUCAAUGGGAUAAACUGUCACUGGCCUUGUGUUUUAUGAAAAUUUUCAUGACCAAGAACUAAAAGGGAAAAAAAACAAAAAACUUGACAACUUUUUUAUGACUUCCUGCAGAACAGCUUUAUGGUGGAGUUACAAAUCUGACUUUUAAAAUAUACAAAACAAUCAGAAGUUUGUUUCACCUAUUGUGCUACUUGUUUAUUUUGUAUUAUCUGUGUUAGUGUCCAGUUCAUUUCCAGAUUUGUGGAUGGGCCUUAUUUUUGUGGAAUGAAGAUCAACCAUAGAGCUUGAAUUGAAGCCAGCCUACCCAGGGUGAUAAGAGGUCUCAGGCUGGGAUCUGAAGCUUGUCAUUGUUGAUGUGUGGGGCAGUGACCCCCCAGCGGUACUUUUCCUGACUGUGAGGUCCUCCUUGCAGUCUGCGUUGCCAUUGAUUGGGUUGCGGUGAGGAGUAUGGACGAACAGACAAGGAUGAUGCAGACUUUAGCCGGAGUGAGCAUGGCCGGUCACUCAGUACAAGGGGGAAUGACUUUGCCUCCUCCCCAUGGACACGAUGGGACAGACGGGGACGGCAGAAAGCAGGACAUAGGAGACAUCCUGCACCAGAUCAUGACCAUCACUGAUCAAAGCCUGGAUGAGGCACAAGCAAAAAAACACGCACUUAAUUGUCAUAGGAUGAAGCCAGCCCUCUUCAGCGUUCUCUGUGAAAUCAAAGAAAAAACAGGUCUCAGCAUCCGAGGAGCUCAAGAAGAAGAUCCCCCAGAUCCACAGCUUAUGAGACUAGAUAACAUGCUUUUGGCUGAAGGCGUUUCUGGACCAGAGAAAGGGGGCGGUGCAGCUGCCGCAGCUGCAGCCGCUGCUGCAUCAGGUGGAUCUUCAGAUAACUCAAUAGAACAUUCCGACUACAGAGCAAAACUCAGUCAGAUCCGGCAAAUUUACCACACGGAACUGGAGAAGUAUGAGCAGGCAUGUAAUGAAUUUACCACCCAUGUGAUGAAUCUUCUGAGGGAGCAAAGCCGGACGCGCCCCAUCUCUCCAAAGGAGAUUGAAAGAAUGGUUGGGAUCAUUCACAGAAAGUUCAGCUCUAUCCAAAUGCAACUGAAGCAGAGCACAUGUGAGGCUGUCAUGAUCCUAAGGUCGAGGUUUCUCGAUGCCAGGAGAAAAAGACGUAACUUCAGCAAACAGGCCACAGAGAUCCUAAAUGAGUAUUUCUACUCCCACCUAAGCAACCCCUACCCAAGCGAGGAAGCCAAGGAGGAGCUGGCCAAGAAAUGCAGUAUCACGGUAUCACAGGUAUCUAACUGGUUCGGGAACAAGAGAAUCAGGUACAAGAAAAACAUAGGCAAGUUCCAAGAAGAAGCAAAUUUGUAUGCAGCUAAGACAGCGGUGAAUGCAGCUCAUGCAGUUGCGGCUGCUGUGCAAAAUAACCAGACAAGCUCUCCCACUACACCAAAUUCUGGUUCUUCUGGUUCUUUUAAUCUCCCAAAUUCAGGCGACAUGUACAUGAAUAUGCAGAGUCUGAAUGGGGAUUCUUACCAAGGGGCCCAAGUUGGAGCCAAUGUGCAAUCACAGGUGGAUACCCUUCGUCAUGUUAUCAAUCAGACGGGCGGAUACAGUGAUGCUUUGGGAGGGAAUUCGCUGUACAGCCCACAUCACCUGAAUGCUAAUGGAGGAUGGCAUGAAGCAGCAACCCCUUCCUCUGUCACGUCCCCCACUGAAGGACCUGGCAGUGUGAACUCCGAACCUCUAACUGAGUGACCCCCUCCAAGCUGUGUGUGCAAAUUUGACUGCCUUGAGGGAGCAUUCCGUGUGACAAAGCAUCAUCACAGCCUUCAUACCAUACCCAGAGAAGCAGUUUCCCAGGUUGGAGGAAGUUGCCACCCCUGUUGUGAUUAACAGGGUAUAUUAUUUUCUCCAGCUUGGAGGUGCUGCUUUACCUCUUUCAAAAUGGAGUCCUCCAGCCUCACUUUCAAAACAUCCAUUGCAGGAUACCAAUAAAACCCUACAAGACAUCAUCUUUUUGCUAAGUCACCACUUUAUAAGCACUUUAUCUAAUUGGGCCAAGAUCUGCGUUAAUAUCUGUGAAAUGAUCUCCACGUCCCAUCAGCACUUUUUAAUAAAUGGCUAAAAUGAAGGAAUGAACUAGCAGCUUUAAAGAGAAUUGUUUGCAUGUCUACCCAGAAAUUCCAGGAUUUAUUUAAAAAACAAAACCUACAAAUUACACUUUAUACUCCUAUCAUUCAGAUCUUGUUCCCUUGGUUUUUUUCUGUAUUGAACAACAUAGGUGUUACUGAUCUGUGUUAGUUGAAGAUGCAUCCACUUUUGCAAAGACUUUGCUGCCACAUUUUAUUAACUCUGUUAGUGCUGGAGGAGAAACAGGGCAUUGCCGGGCAGUACCCUGAUCAAUCAUUAGGAAUUGAUAGGGUUAAACAGAUUUCAAAACCACUAUGGUAACUGCUUAGUCACUACUCAUUAAUUUCUCUUGUUCCCUCUUCCAUAUGCUGACUGAAUAUUUAUUGUUGUUUAACAUAAUUUGAGAACAGUCUCAAAGUCUUCCCUAAACAGGAAAAUACAAAAAAACGAAUUCUCUCUUUUGUCUGACAUGACAGUAAGAUUGAUGACAGGUCUGAGGACCUAUGUAGAAUGUUUAUGUUCAAUAUCUCUAGAAUUAUUUCAAAAUCAAGAGAAGCCUGGGUUUUAUCAAAUGACAUGGUGUAAGCGAUUCCGUUUUGUUUCUCUCAGUUGUGAAUAACGCAGGAAAUAAAACAAGAAAGAUGCUUCAGUUUUUAUUUUGCCCAUCAACUAUCUCAAUAACAGCCUUGAGUCUAAAGUCAGUGAGAUUUUCAGAAAGUGAGAGGCUGUUAUUUAUUCAGCUCCCAUCCCAGCAAACCAAAGAAACAAGGAAUGUAGACAUGUAAUGGGAUUUUGGGGUUGUUUCUACCCAUUUUCUUACACAGUUGAUAGUGUGUACUUUAGAUUUGUGUUUCGUAGGAGUAUAUAUUACAAUAACAAAUAUUGUGCAUCUUUUUUGGGGAACUGCCACGAUGACAAAAACUGUUUAUUAAAUUGUGAAUUUUGGUAUUGGAGAUACAAUAUUAUUAAGCGAAUGCAUCUUCAACUGUUCCUUUUUCUUUUCUUUAAGACAUUAUUAAUAAUUGACACUUAAUGACCCUCUCUCUGCAUUGUAAAUACAUCCCACUUGUCACUGGAUGUCAUUUCAGACCCUCCAACAGCUGAACAGUUUUAUCUCUAUCCCUUUGUGGUGUUUUACAGUAAGGGGUUACAUGCUGUAUACAAAAUUGUCAAAAUCCGCCACUUCAAGUGGCAUACAGAGGAAAGAAAAAAAUGUAAAUAUUGUAGCAAAAGAGAAUUUAUACAUUGUCACCAAGCAAAACAGCUUUAUUUACCUCAUAAAACUCAUAGGAACCAACAGACAUGUCACGUGUAGUUUAGUGUGCUCACUUACUACCUCUAAAUAACACGCGUAGUACGUCUUUAUCUUUUUAUCAUUGUGUAAUUAAACCAGCAGGUUGGAAUAUGAAUUUAUUGCAAUAUAUAGCAAUGCUGAAUACACCUGGUGUGCCAUUGUAAACCCCAUAAAGCUUUCAGUUUAAUGGCGCAAAAUUUCAGAUAUAUGUGUUCUGCUUCAUUUAAACCCCUCAUCUGCAUUGUAUGAACUGUUUAUAUAAUCCCUCCAACUGCACCAUUCAAACUAACAUAUUUCUGGGCCCACUGCCCCUAUCACCCUAUAUAAACUAUGUAUAUUCCCCUCUUAUUGCAGUCUUUACACUAAUGUUUUACUCCUUCCAGCCGAGCCAUACAUUCCCAAAAAAUAUCCUGAGCCCAUAACCGUGCACCACUUUCGUAUAACCCUUUAACUUCUCACAUUGGUCCAUACAAACGAACCAUACAACUUUCUCAUUGGUUACUUCAUGUAAAUGUUUACAUUUGGUAAACUACUAUAACCCCAUUCCCAAUGCUCCAUAUAAACAAGCUAUUUACUUUUUUUUUUUUUUAUUGCUUUAUAUAAACUCUAAGUUUAUACUCUACCAUUGCUCCAUGAAAAUCAUCAAUAUGUCCCUCCUAAUACAAAUAGCAUACGAGAUCCAGCGCACUCACUCAAGGUUAACAAAAUGUAAUCGUGGUAUGUAAAAACCCCACCUAGGUAAAAAUAGUGGGGGUUUAGCUACAGUAUAUGACCACACAUUACAUAAGCCUGCCACAAUGUCAAUGAACCCAUCCUCACAUAUUUCCCUGUAAAGCAAACUGAACACCUAUCACAUUACUCUCUAUAAAGUACCUAUAUACUUCCGUAUUAUCACAUAGACUAUACAGAGAUAUCUGUAGUCCAUAUUCUCUUACCAUAGAUAUCCUCUUGGCGUGAUAGUCUAAAUAGCAAUAUAGCCUACCCACGGCUUCAAAUAAAUGACCUAUAGGCCUUAUCCCAUUGUUCCUAGCGUAUCCUACCUCUCCAUGUUGGUUUGGUACAGGAUCAUUCCUUAGAACUUAACCCAUUUCUCCAUAUGCCCCUCCUCAUAACUGCUUCCGUUGCUCCAUAAAGCAUGUCACAUUUUCUGCUUCCGUCAAACCUUUCUACCAGUCCAUAUAUGUGCUUUACAAUAUAACCAAGAUUGGAAAUAUCAUCACAAGACUGCAAGUCACAGCAAUACUGUUUAUACAGUAGUUACAUAUUAAUGCCCUUUAAUUUGGUUUACUGACAUAUCCUUGCCAAGAUAUUAUUCUGAGAUUAUUCUGACACUAUCUCUGUACAUAAGCUAAGAACGAUUAUCUUCUCAUUGUAAACAUGGCAAAUACUUUAUAAUUUAGCUGUUAUGGAAGACACAAUACUGAGAGUUUAAAAACUAAAAACAAUAAGAUGUCCUGUAAUCACCUAACUUUAUAAACACCAUCCCCAGUGCUCUAAACAGUUAAGAAACACAUACUGUUGAUAAUUAAAACAUACUACGCAGCAUUGCUAUACAAUGCCACAAUUUCAAUUUCAAUGGAUUUAUAAAAAUCCUUUACUUUGUUUUACACAUACUGCUGCUUGUCACUCUGUUUUCCAUCUUGAAACGUAAUGUACAUUGUAAUCUUUUGGAGAUAAAUGAAAAAUGUAUCUUUUAAAAUAAAAUAAUUAUACACUUUAUAAAGGUGCAUUUGCAACUUUGAAGCUUAGGAGUAAACAUGAGGUCUUAUGUUGAAACACAUAAAAAUAAUAUUGAACAGUAAAACUGUUGUAUAUACUGAGACAUUUUAAAUGUUUUUUCAUCUCGUUAAAUCCAUGCAAAAAAAAAAAUCUAAAUAAAAUACAAAAAAAAUUGUAAUGCAUACAAAUUUCAGUAUAGGAGUAUGUAACAGGGAGGGUGGGUGUGGGAGGAGGUAUUGUGGGCAUUUUUUUAAGUUUGAGGUUUUUUUCGUAUUGUAUGAGGAUCUGGCUGGGGUUGAUUCACAGGAAUACUGAUGAUGACGGCAAUUUGUGGCAGUAAUUCUAACGUAUUGAAAUCAAAUCUGUUUGGUGUUAACUUUUUAACUGGAUUAUACCCCUGGAUUGAAAAAAAAAAAAAAGAAAAGAAAAAAAAAAUAGUCUUCCUUGUGGUAGUUCUAUGUAGUUAAAAAAAAAUAUGAAUAAAACGUUUUUGAUUUGCU